ACAAAGGGCUAGCCUCAUCCCUUCCCCUCCUACUAAUAGUAAUAGUUAGUAAUGGCUAUAUUAUCUUUCAUUUGCUUUGUAUGUUGUUAUUUCACUUUCAUAUUUUCCUUCGAAAAUUUCUCAAAAGAUGUAACAACCUUUUACCCCAUAAAAAUAGAAAUAGAAAUAAGAUUUAUAUACAUUCGUUCUCUCUUUUUUCCCCACCAAAUUAAGUGUGUUUUGAUUCACAUAAAUACAUCAUAAUUUUUUAUAAAAUUGUUCAAAGAAAGUCAUAGACAACCCAAGAAAAGCUUGUAAUCAACCUGUUGUUUGGGCUAAAACAAUGAUAGAGUCAGUUUGUGUUCGAGCUUCAGCUCUGCAAUUGCCGCCCAUUAACUCUCACUCUCAAAGAAAUGCCGCAAUGGCUGACAGUUUUGCUAUUGAUGCUCGAAAUCUUAGCUAUUCGGUUGUAUCAAGACAAGGAGAAUUACUUCCAAUUCUUAAAGAUUGUUCAAUAAAAGUUCCUUCUGGACAGUUUUGGAUGCUUUUGGGACCUAAUGGUUGUGGAAAAUCAACCCUUUUAAAGAUUUUAGCAGGUCUCCUGAGUCCAGAUUAUGGGAACUUGUAUGUGGAGAGGCCAAGGAGCUUUGUUUAUCAGAAUCCUGAUCACCAGGUCGUGAUGCCAACAGUGGAAGCUGAUGUCGCUUUUGGUCUCGGUAAAUUGAACUUAACACCAAAUGAGAUUAAGACUAGGGUGGCAAAAGCUUUGGAUGCAGUUGGGAUGUAUGAAUAUUUGAAAAAACCAGUUCACACUCUUAGUGGUGGUCAGAAACAAAGGGUUGCUACUGCUGGUGCUUUGGCGGAAGCUUGCAAAGUUUUAUUACUUGAUGAACUGACUACGUUUUUGGAUGAAACUGAUCAGAUUGGAGUGAUAAAAGCGAUGAGAAACUCCAUGGAUACAUCUCAAGGAAUUACAGCAUUGUGGGUAACUCAUCGCUUGGAAGAACUCGAGUAUGCAGAUGGUGCAGUGUACAUGGAAGAUGGAAGAAUUGUUCGACAAGGUGAUGCAACUAGUAUAAGGAAAUUCAUUGAUGAUAAACUGGCAUCUUAUGUUAAGCAAAUAAACUUGUAACUACUUUCCUCAAGGAACCCUGUACGUGCUGAGGCGGAUCCAGAGUUUGAACAUUAUGUUUCAAGUUCGGGAUUUUACCACAUCACAUUUGAUUUAUAGAGUCGAAAUUUAUUAUUUGUAUGUAUUUAGUGGAUUUUUAUCAUAUAUAUAAUGAUCGAGCCGAAGUUACUGGGUUCA